AUGUGGAGGCAGAAAUCAUAUACGGAUGAUACAGCUCCUGGAGGCCGCAGGAGCCUACACAGGGACUAUAACCCAGGCGCGCCAUUCGACAUAGAUUUGCAGAUUACUUAUGCCAUAGGUGUAGGAUUUGGAAGACAAUACCUUAUUUUAGAUGAUUAUAAAGCUCCAUUUCUCGCAAUAGUGCUUCGUCACAAGCGCGAAGCCAAGAAACUGUACGCUGAUGCUCAGUGCAAGCUUGGUGAUAGAAUGUAUUCAAAACGGUAUGACUUGAUAGUUCUCGGGUUUGUAUACGCUCGAAGAGCUAGCUAG